GAUGUCGAUGGAAGAUCAUGCAAAAGAAUUCAAUCUGCACUUCAAGCAUUUAUUCUUCAACAAGGAAAACAGCUCAAGAGAAGCAAAGGGCUUUCAUACGUGGCUGUGUUCUUAUGACGUCAAAAACGGCAGCAAUGCAUCGAACAUCUCGACCGGUUGCCCGAUGUUCCAGGACAACCUGCAUCAGUCACUGCUGGACGACUCGACACCGUAUACGCCGUCGCCGGAACAUCGAUUCUUCACCUAUAUCACACCGGUAAUCGCCGUCCUCGGGAUAGUUGGAAAUUCAGUAUCCCUAAUGGUAUUCUUGUCGAAAAACAUGCGCAAGCUUUCCGCCAGCAUGUAUCUUAUCGCUUUGGCAAUAUCCGACAUAAUGUCACUUUUGUUGUAUGUACUGCCUGAAUGGCUUAAACAUGGAGAACCGUUGCUGUCUGGAUACAGUUGGCCAUCACUGCUACAGACAAAUGGCGUGUGUAAGUCUGUUUUAUAUAUUCAGUAUAUCGCAAGAUUCUUGUCAUCUUGGUUUGUCGUGUUCUUCACCAUUGAACGGUUUAUCGGCGUUUGUUUCCCGCUACGCCGAAAAGAUCUUUGUGACCACCGGUCUGCAUCCAGGGUCAUACUCGGCGCCGUUGUUGUGGCCGCAGCCGGUUGCGUAUUUAAACCCGUACUUAGUGGUUCCUUCCCCACAAUCAGCGGAGCUAUGCUGUGCACGAGCGACAAGGACAACCAAUACUUGUCUUUCAUUCUAGACAGCACAUUUGGAGUGAUUAUUACAUUUAUUCCGUUCAUCCUGAUCACCGUACUGAACGUGUUCAUUAUACGUAGGCUCGUGUUACGAAACAAACGUAGUAGAAAAAUUCGCGUCGUUACAAAGGAGUCAAUUAUUCGACUGGAAUUCACGUUCAUUCUCUUGGCGAUGUCAAUUUGUUUUGUUGCGCUUAACCUUCCAUACUUUGCUGUAUGGUGCAAACGCUACUGGAAAAUACGCCAGAUGUUCAAAAUGCACAUGAUGUCGCCAAAUACACUACAAAUCCAUGAUGACAAUAUAAGCAAUCUUGACGACGCCCUUCACGUUACAAGGACAAUUUUCUACACUAACUAUUGCAUCAAUUUCUUUCUCUACUCAGUGACUGGGGCAUAUUUUCGAAAAGAGCUAAAACACCUCUUCUGCAAACCUGACAAAAACAUCACAGUGAGCUAUGCGCACAGAUGUUCGGCAAACAAAACAGGGGCUCAUUCCAUGGCCUCCCCGCAAACCAGUCUACUUUGAAUCUAUUGUAGAAAUUCAACAUAAUGCUUACAUUAAUACUUUUAUGAAAUGAUUAACAA